AUGACAGAGUCCUCAUCCCUCCUCACCACGCAUCCAUCAACGAACCAUUAUCCGGUCACCGCCGCACCUUCUCUAGCCUCUCCCUUGCCUAAUGGCUCUCUGUCCGACACCAAUCUUCAAGAAGAGGAGGAAUACACCAUCAAAUGCAUAUGUAUAUAUGCCGACGAUGAUGGCAACACCGUCUAUUGCCCAAAAUGUGACACGUGGCAGCACAUUGAGUGCUACUACCAUGGCAAAAAGGUGCCAGAAGAACAUUUUUGUGCAGACUGCUUCCCCAGAGAUCUUGAUGCAAAGAAGGCCACCGACAGGCAAAGGCGGCGCAGAGAGGCUCUCGACGGCGGUGACCGGAAGGUCAAGAGACCUAGCUCCAAAACUCAAAAGAAAAAGCACAAAGACAGUAUCUCGGCGGCCGACCAGAUAAACGGAUGGCACUCCCAUGAUCGCAACGACUCAGUCGCCAACACAAAAGAAGGCCCUCCUGCCAAAAAGCCAAAAACAAAUCAUCGAACCACCGGUUCCGUUGUGUCGAUGAAUGGCGACUCCAGGAAACGCGCCGCCUCCAAUGUCCAGUCAUACCCGAGUCCUUCCAAAUCCCCUCAAGACCUCUUCCGUUUUCCCACCAUUCCCACAUACACCUCUGAGUUCCUGGAAUUAUAUGAACGCGACGAAGGCAACACGAAUGCAAGAGAUAACGAGCAAACCAUUCAAGCAGCCAACAAACUUUCCAUGUGGCGAACCGAGCCUUCCUUGGUGGUGAGUGCUCCUGGACAGCAACCGACAGCAAAAUCCCCCUUUGUACACCUCAACCACCCUCUGGAGCAGAGCGCGUUACCCCCUGUUACGGUCGAGACAAUCUCGAAGAAAGAGGCCGAGUUCGAGGGACGUUUUCCGACGUGGCGCUUCCUGCGCCUCCAAUCCUCGGUCAAGAAGGAUGACAUUGUAGGUGAAGUCCGUGGCCAAGUCGGCAUGCUAGAGGAGUACUGUCAACAGAAAUCAUCCUCGAAUCGAUGGCAGGAACUACGGCAUCCGGACCCCUUUGUGUUUUUUCACCCUCACAUGGACAUCUACAUCGACAGUAGGAAGUCGGGGACACAGUUUCGCUACAUUCGGAGGUCGUGCAAGCCCAACGUGACGCUCAAAACAUUUGUGUCUGACGAUGACGAAACACAUCACUGUUUCGUCGCCAGCAAAGACAUUCCGGCCGGAUCCGAGCUGACUACGACGUGGUUUCUGGACCAGGGCAUGUUUUCCGUGGAUGCUGUUCAGAACGACUCGGAGCAAGCUCAAAGUCGACGCCUUGACUGGGUUAGCCGAGUUCUUGCGAACUUUGGCGAUUGCGCGUGCGAUUCGAACCAGCCUUGUCUACUAGCCAACUUUGACCGAAGACUUCCCGCCAAGUCAAUCGACAUUGGGUCGAAGGAGAAAGGAGGGCGGAAGAAGAAAAGUAAGAGCAAACAUGCCGUUUCGCCUUUGAGCACUGGACAUGCAACCAACAGUCGUGCAGGAAGCGAACCCAAAUUACUCGACGAUGAAGACCAGUUUGAUCGACGCUCGACCUCCGAGUCUACUCCUAGUAACCCGCAAAGUCGAGAUAUUACACCCGUCAAUAUCGCCGCUCUGGACGCCGAUCCGGUUCUGGGCAAUGGACUUACAGCCCGAGAAUUGCGCAAGAUUCAAAUGGCCGAGCGGGCCUUCGCCCAAAAAGAGCAAGAGAGGAGAGAUCAAAGCGGGCAAGGGCAAUCUCGCAAGAAGAAGAGAACCAGUGGCGGGUCGAAUCUCAAUACCCCCGGGGUUGCCUCGUCGAAACAACUGGGAUCCAAUUCGCAACCUCCCACGCCCAGCGGUCACACUCUCAGCAGGUCUCAUGACCAGGCUUUCGGAUCACCGCCUCCAGGCAAAGGUGGCUUCAAACGUGCCAAGUCUUCGGAUACUGCAAGCAGAGCUGAAGUCAAGCCGGUGCGGCCUGUUUACGUUGAUGCUGCUGUCCAGACACAGAUUGAAGAAUGUGACAUAGUGGCGCCGUCACCCAAGAGAAGAAAGUUCUGUACCCCGACGCAGCGCUUACUGAGGAAAUUGCUGCAAGAUCGGGCGAAGCAUAAUGAACAAUCUCAGUCACCCCCAUCGCCUUGCUCUGCAUCUAUUUCUUCGCCACUGGCAUCAACUGGUAUCGGUGAGGACGUCGAAAUGAAGGACGUCGCAAUGGCGGGCGAGAUCACCUCGCCCCAGCGAUCGCCAACUGAUGUCAAGGCUAGUGGAAGCUCGGUCAAUGUGGGAACGACCACCUAUCCUCUUCCUUCUCAAGCGGCUCACACAUUGCCGCCGCUGAAGUCUCCAGGCCCCCCUCGGUUGCAUUUAUCUUCGCUGCCUCCCGUCCCAACUUUUCCUUCGAUUACCACUGGUGCUUCAGCGUCAACCACCGCGACAAUGACUCCGGGGUCUUCGACAGUCCUGGCACAGUCGCCUUUAGCGCUGACGUCUUCCAGCCCAUUCGCGAUAACACCUGGUGCCGUAAUUACCCCAAGCCCAGCUAGGAAGAAGCUGAGCCUAGGGGACUAUUUAAGUCGGCGAGCGGCGUCCUCAUCUUCUGUCGACAAGCUGCAGCCGGAGGUAGGUGCAACUACCCCGGCUGAGCAGGGCAACUCUUCCCCGACCGCUGAUCUAGCAAAGGGCACCGAAGGAGUUCGGACGAAUUCGCCCAAUGGGUUCAAGGAAGAAGGAGAAGAGAAGGAAUACAGUCCUCCAGAAGCCGUUCCACCAGUUGGGGUAAAAUCCGAACAAGGUUGA